AAACUGGACAUGACAGGCUCCCCUCGCUCGCAGAGCUACUGUACUAUAGAAGAAGUGGCACUACUUUACAGUUUACAGGGCCUUCGAAUCCGUGCUCAUCCUUCAAAGCCAAGAACUCAAAGACGAAGAGAAACCAUGCUGCUAGCCAUACUCUCUAGCGCUCUCAUAAUAUACGCAGUAUACAUAACGGUACGGAUGCUUCUCCCAUCGUCUCCGCCGCGAACGGAGGCACCCGCCGGAACGAUGGCGGAGCAUAGGAAGAGGGGAGAAGAUUGGGAGAAGAAAGCCGAGGGGAGCCUGAGCCACUGGGCCCUGUACAAUUUCUUCACCCUGGGCCCCUUCAGCUCCAAGUACGAAGUCGCGGCUGGUCUGUUCUAUAAAGCUGCCAUUGCCUUCAAACUUGCCAAAUCAUGGGACCAAGCGGGAUCAGCGUACAUGAAGUUAGCAAACUGUCGUCUAAAGAUGGAUAUGAAAUAUGAAGCUGGUCUUGCUUAUGUCGAUGCUGCUAAUUGCUAUAAGAAGACAAAUUGUAAAGAGUCCAUAUCGUGUCUAGAGCAAGCUGUUAAUAUGUUUCUGGGGGUUGGACAGCUUCUGAUAUCUGCAGUAAAUUACAAGGAAAUUGCUAAAUUAUAUGAGGCUGAACAGAACUUCGACCAGGCCAUUGUUUACUAUGAAAGAGCAGCUGAUCUUUUCCAUAGCGAAGAAGCGACUAUUUCUUUGAAAGAGUGUAGGGGGGAAACUGCUGGACUGUUCAAUAAAGCUGCAAUUGCCUUCAAACUUGCCAAAUCAUGGGACCAAGCGGGAUCAGCGUACGUAAAGUUAGCAAACUUUUACGUAAAGAUGGAUAUGAAAUACGAAGCUGGUAGUGCUUAUGUUGAUGCUGCUAAUUGCUAUAAGAAGAUAAAUUGUAAAGAGUCCAUAUCUUGUCUAGAGCAAGCUGUUAAUAGGUUUCUGGGGGUUGGAUGGCUUCAUGAAUCUGCAGUAAAAUACCAGGAAAUUGCUAAACUAUAUGAGGCCGAACAGAACUUCGACCAGGCCAUUGUUUACUAUGAAAGAGCAGCUGAUCUUUUCCAUAGCGAAGAAAAUACAAGAUCUUUGAAAGAGUGCAGGGGGAAAAUUGCAGAAUUUGCUGCUCAACUUGAAGACUACCAGAAAUCAAUCGAGAUUUACGAAGAUAUGGCACGGCAGUUGAGCGAUAAUCAGAAGUAUGAAGCUAAAGAACUUCUUCUUCACGCUGGCAUUUGCCAACUCUGUAUGGGCAAAGGGGAUGUUUUUGCAAUUAACAAAGCAUUGGAUCGCUACCAGGAUCUGGAUCCAACUUUUUCUGGAACACGAGAGUACAAAUUGCUGGCGGACUUGGCUGAUGCAGUAGAUCAGAAAGAUCUCGCAAAGUUCACUGAUGCUGUAAAGGAAUUCGAUCGCACGAGAUUCAUGACCCAACCGGAUGCUUGGAGGACAACCCUUCUGUCGCGAGUGAAAGAAGCACUGAAUGCAAAAGAGCUAUGGGACAGCCAUCUAUCUUAAAACUCUAUUUGCAAACUUCAGCUUGUUAUCUCAUUUGCAUUUCUCUACUGACUCUGCUACUUAGUUUAUCCAAACUGUUUGUUUCGUGUGUGUACUAACUAAACUUGGUGUUAAUCUGAGCGAUAUGUGUAACUGUGAUCGAGUGGUGGUUUUCUUUACGUUAAAUGCGGAAGAUGUCGAAGGAAGUCCCCGUCCUAAAACCUGUUGGUUCUACUAGUUAUCUUGGAUCAAUGUUUUAAUCUGACGGUAUUUUUUUGUUAGGGAUAUCUGUGAGAUUUUAUGGUGUUUGGAGAAUCGCAGCCUAGCUCCUUGUUU